AUGGAUGUAAGGAAAGAGAAAAAAAAGAAAAGUCCAUGUAAUUUAAAAGAAGAGGAAAAAAAGAAAACGUCCAAAGGAGUUAUUGAAAAAACUGUAGUUGGAGAUAAGGGAAAUGAUAUAAUAAAAAAGAGAAACGAAAUAAAGAAAAAUGAUAAGGAUGAUAAUAAAAAGGAAAAGAAUAAAAAUAUGGAUAAUAAAAAGGAAAAGGAUAUAAUUUAUGAUAAUAAAAAUGAAAAGAAUAAAAUUUGUGACAAUCAAAAUGAGAAGAAUAAAAGUUGUGAUAAUAAAAAUAAGUUUUAUAAUUUAGACAAAAAAAUGAAUAAAGUCGAUGAGGAUAUGAAAAUAAAAGAACAAGUUAAUAAUAAAGAUAUCAUGUCAACUGAUAAUAUGAAAAAGAAAAAUAUUCAAGAUGAUAAUGAUGAAAUAAAAAAAAAAAAUUAUAAUAAAUUAAGAAGAAAAUUAAAAAACUUGAAUUAUACAGAAUAUUUAUGUGUCUUGUGUACUCCUCUUGUUCAAAUAAUUUUUGAUGAUUUAAUUCAAGCAAUUCAUAAUUUUCAAAAGUUAUCAGACAAGUAUGAAGAAUUACAGCAAAAAUGUAAACUAUUGAAAAAUGAAGAAAUAAGGGAAGGUGAGGAAAACGACAAAAAGGAUGACACAAAUGAACAAGCUGGAAAAAUGGGAACGGAUAAAGAUGAUAACCAAAUCAAACAUAAUAAUAAUAAUAAUAAUAAUAAUAAUAAUAAUAAUAAUACAAGGAAUGAUAACAUUAAUGUUAAUGGUAAUAAUCCUGUGUUGUGUGAAAUGUAUGAAAAUAAAAUUAAAGAACUUAAUAAAAGACUAGAUGAAGAAUGUAAAUUAAAAGAAUAUUAUAUUUUAGAAAAUAAGAAAUUAGAAAUAUCCUUAAAUAUUAUAAAACCAAAUAAGAACAAAGAAGAUGAUGGAGAAGAAAAUGAUACAUCUAGUUAUGAAUUAUCACUUUGUGACACACAUGAUUCAAAUUAUAAUCGUAUAACAUCAUAUGACGAUAUUGAAUUAGAUAAAAAAAAAAAAAUGUACCAAAGAAUCGGAAAAAAGGUACUGAAAAGUAAACAAACUUCUAUAAUAAAUGAUCACACCUUAUCUCUUGGAAAGGAAUUAUCAUAUUAUAAAAAUCUUUGUAAGGAAUUUAAAAUUGAAUUGGAGAUAUUAAAAAAUGGUCCAAAGGGGGGUAGCACUACACAAAUGGAAGAUAAUGUGGCCGAAGGUAAUGAUAAAUCGUUUGAGGAGAAGGACCAAGAGAUAAACUACCUCAAAGAGAGGCUGCAUGAAUAUGAAAUUGAAAUUCGUAAACUGAAUGAACUUAGAUUAAUAAACGGAAUAAAAGAACAAAAAGAAUUGAAGGAUAAUGAAUCAUUUUCUGAAAGUAUGCUAAACGAAAAUUAUCAUAAUCAACAAAAUGAUAAGAAUGAGCAAAAUACAUAUACCCUGGAGGAUACUGACAAUAAUAAUAAUAAUAAUAAUAAUAAUAUUAAUAAUAGUUUUGAUUUGAAGGGCACAAAAAAUGAUAGCAAUACCUUUGAUGUGGAUAGCUUACAUAAAAUAAUAAAUACCAAGAACAAUGAAAUUUACCAUUUAAAGAAUCGAGUUGUGCUAUUAGAAACACAACUAGAAAUAAAAAAUGACGAUGAAAAGGAGUUUAAAGAAAUAUAUAAUGGAAAGAUAAAGGGAGAUAAUAUAUAUUUUAAUAUGAACAAAUCGGGCGAAAGCUAUAGUUCUACUAAAGAGGUAGAAACUUGCGAGGAAGUCGAAAAAAAAAGAAAAAGUGUAGAAAAUAUAAUAAAAGAUAAAGACAACAAAUUGAACAGUAUGCAAGAUGAAUAUAAAAACUAUUUGGAAUUAGAUGAAUUACGUGUUGAUAUGAAAUUAAAAGAAGAAAAUAUUGAAGAGUUAGAAAGAAUAGUAGUUAAAUUAAAAAAUGAAUUAAAAGAAGAAAGAAGAAAAAGUGAGAAAUAUGAAAGAAAAUAUAAUGAAGAAAAGAGCGAGCUAGCUAUAUUAAAAGAAGAGAUGCUUUCAUUAGAAAAACAGAUUAAAGAAAAAGAGAGUGAAUUUGAUUUAAAUAAGAAUACAAUAAAUAAUUUAAAAUUAGAAUCUGCUGAAUUUAAUAAUAUUAUAUCAUGUUCAAAUGAAACAAAAAAACAUUUAACAGAUUAUAUACAUAAUUUAUUAAAUAAAUUAAGUGCAUGUAAUGAGAAAAUGAAUGAAUUAAAAGAUAUGAAUAUAUUAACAAAUCAGAAAAUUGAAGGAUAUAAAAAUGAAAUAAGAAAAUUAAAAACGGAUUUAAUAGAUUCGAAUAACCAAAUAGAUGAAUUUGCAACACUUUUAGAUAAAAAAGAUGAAGCAAUAGAAAAUUAUAAAUGUAAAUUAGAAAAUAUAAAUAAUGAGUAUUCAAAUAUAAAUAUUAAAUAUAAUGAUAUAUUAAAAGAGAAUCAAAAUUUACAUAUUCAAAAUUCUUCGAACAAUGCUAAUAGCACAUUAAUUAUUCAGCAAUUACAACAGGAAAUCGAAAUAUUAAAUAUAACAAAUAAUCAUUUAAAAAAAAUAGAAGAAGAUUAUAAAAUAAUAUUACAAGAGAAAACAAUAAUUGAAGAUGCGGCUAUAAAGAUACAAACCGAAUUAAAAAAGUCUGUGGAAAAAAUAAAAAAUCUAGAAGUUUAUAUACAGACAUUAUCUGUUGAAAUCGGAAAUAUAAAGACACAAAGAGAUGAUUCUUUAGAUGCAUUAACAAAAGUAGCUAUUGAUAAAACACAAUAUGAAAAUGAAUUAAUACAAAGUAAAAAUAUUAUAUAUGAAUUAAAAAAACAAAUAGAUGAGUAUGAAAAUAAUGCAAAAUUUGUUCAGAAUAAUAUUAGUGAGAUUAGUAAAAUACAUAUUAAAAAAGAAGAAGAAUAUACUUUAUUAAAAAAUGAAUUAAAAUCUUUAAGAGAAAAUUUAAAUGAAAAAAAUAUUAAAUUACAAUUAUUAGAGGAAAAAGAAAAAAAACUAGAACAGAAUCAUGCAGCAUAUAAUAAUUUCCAUUUAGAAGCACAAAAGAAAUAUAAUUCAUAUGAAAAAGUUAUUGAUAAUUUAAAGAAAGAAAUAGAUGAAUUGAAUAUAAACAAUAGUGAUAAUAUAGUAAUUAUAGAAAAAUUAAAAGAAGAAUUACAACGAGAACAAAACAAAACAUGUAAUAAUAAUUAUGAUUAUCUAAAUGCUUUUAGCGAUAAACAAAUCGAUAUAUCACUUUCUCUUAAUAAAUGUCUUAACAAUAAUUUGAAAUCUCAAAAAGAUGAAAGCACACAUGAUGUUAGAAAAAUUAAAGAUGAUCAUAAAAAUAUUCUUAAUCAUAUAAGUACAGCUGAUCAUAAAACAUAUACCGAUACACAAAGGAAGGACCACGAAAAUGUGUAUGACAAUGUGCAAAAUGAAGAAGACACAAAAUAUAAGGAACACAAUAAGAAUUUAACUUAUGAAUAUAAUGACGAUUUUAAUAUUUUUAUUAAUUCUAAUAAAAAUAAAGAUAAAAGUAAAACAAAAAAUAAUAUAGAUAUAAAGGAAGUUGAACAAAAUGUACAAAAGUAUGUAAAUGAUUCUGUAAAAAAUGAAGGGGAAGAUAAAAAUAUAGAAAGGAAAGCUGAAUUUACCCGUGAAAACAUAAAUAAGGAGGAACCAUUUGAUGAAGUAUCUAUGAAUAAAGAAGAUAUUAAAAAGAAAGAGACAAAUGAGAGUAUAAAUAUAAAAAAGAAUUAUGAUAAGAAUGACGAAGAUUUACUUAAUAGUACAUCUAGUGGUAUGUCAUCGUACCUUGGAAAUAAUGAUAUAUCUUUAUUUAGUAGUGCAAAAUUAAAAAAGAUGUUUAAUCUUAGUCAUACAUAUAAUAAGAAAAUUAAUGCAGACAAGAAAAUGGAUAGUAUCAGCAAAUCAAAAGUUGAGAAUAAAACCAAUACAGAUGAUGAUCUAUGUAAUAGUAAGAAAAGUAAAAAUGAAAAAGGAGACAAAGAUGAUUAUUAUGAUGAUAUGGAUUAUGAUUUUAAGAAAAAUGGGAUAUAUAAUAAAGUAGAGAAAAAAAAAAAAAAAAAAGUGCAAGGAAAUAAAGAAUAUUAUAUACAUAAUGAUAUAAAAACAAAUGAUAAACAAAAAAUAUCGAUAGAUAAAAAAAAUAUAAAUAAAGAUUCUAUAAAUAAGAUGGAUAGUAUUAUAAAACCUUUCAAUAUGAAGAAAAAAUAUAACUUGGAUAGUUCAUUUAUUGAUACGAUUGAUAAAUCGGUUUAUAAGAAUAAUCAAAAGAAUAAUUUAGAGAAUCAGAUUACGAGUGAUGAAGAAAAUGAUGAGAAAUUUCCGUUAUUUUAUGUUGAAGAAAAUAAAAAUAGAAUUAAAAAUAAUCAAAACGGAAAUAUGAAUAAAAAUAAAAUGGAUAUGAAAAAGGGAAGGGAUGUGUAUAAUGUGCAAGAGGAAUAUGAUGAAGAUGUGAUAGCGGAGGGUGUAAUAAAUAUGAACGAAAAUAAAAAUGAAAAUAAUAAAAAAUAUGAUAAAAAAAAUGAUAAAAAAAAUGAUAAUUAUAAUAAUCAAAAAAAUGAUAUUUAUAAUGAUCAAAAGGAUAAUUAUGUAAAUAAUAAAGUCACAGAUAAUAAUAUAAGAAACAAAUCAUUUGAUGAGAAGAGAAAAAAAAAAAAUUAUAAUUUCAUUUCUCAAACGAGUUAUGAAGCUAAUAGUAAUAAUAGUAGUAUUGUUUUAUUAGAUUCGUUAAGUUCAGAUAUGGGACCUAACAUAAGUAUUGAUAAAUAUAAUGUAACUAAAAAUAACGAAAAGAUAAAUAAUAGUCAUCAUAAUAAUAACAAUAGUAAGGGUGCAAGGAAUGAAUAUAAUAAUAUUUUAUAUAGUUCAAAUGAUUAUAAUAAUAUAAAAAAAGGUACCUUAUUAUUAUGUGAUAAUUCUCGUGGUGGUAAAAUGAAUACAUAUAAUGGAAAAGAUAAUAAAAAUAAAUAUAUAUAUGAUAAUGACUAUAACAUGAAUAAUACAAAUGGUAAGUUGGAUAUAUCCAAUGAGAAUAAAAAAAAAUAUGCAACUAUAAAAAAUAAUAAUUUAAACAAUAACAAUAAUAAUAAUAAUAAUUAUUAUUAUGAUAAUAAUUAUGAAAAUUAUGAUAAUUAUGACCAUGUGUAUAAUAAACGAAUAAUAAGAAAUGAACCCGUUUUAUCUAACAAGUCUAAAAUAAAGAAAGAUUUAUACAAUAAAUAUAUGGAUGUUUUAAAAAGUUUAAAAAGUGAAGAAAUGGAUGCUUCUGUUAAUACAACAAAUAAUAAAACUAUCGAUUUCACAAAUGAUUUUACAAAACCACAAGAAAAUUCAACAUCCAUUUUGUCGUCAUCAAAAACAUUACAAAAAGAUAGUUUACUAAGUAAUCUUUCUAAAUUUAAAUUUAAUGAGGAGCUUCAUGAAUUUUCCUGUGAUCCCUUAACUAUUAUUAAGCCUAUUGAGGAAUCGAACAGAGAUUAUUUUGAAUAA